AUGGAGGACAACCGCCUAUUCCGCUUUCCCCGGCCCGCAUGGCUCAACAGCGCCAACACACGAACCUUUGGCGUCUACACAGCCGGAGCCCUGUUCGCGCUGGGAUUCUACACCCUGAUCGACAUCGCAGUAUGGUCCAAAUCCAUCAUGAACCCAUCCGACCCAGCCGUGCACAUCACCUUCGUCGACUGGAUCCCCGGCAUCUGCUCGGCGCUGGGCAUGCUCGUCAUCAACUCGAUCGACAAGUCGCGACUGAGCGCCGAUAGCUUCAGCUACAGUGGGAACGGCGUGGCGUGGAAGGCGAAGCUGGUCCUGUUCUUGGGCUUUGCGCUGCUGGCGGGCGGGCUCGCGGGCAGUGUUGUGGUGCUGGUGAUGAAGUACAUUGUCCCGGAAUAUGUGUGGCCGACUAUCUGGAUGGGUGUGGGCAAUGUUAUCGCAAAUUCGCUGAUUAUGCUGAGUUCCGCUGUGCUCUGGAUCGCGCAAAACAUGGAGGACGAGUACACCUACAACCUGGCGCUGUAA